CGGUAUUGUUAUUAAAAGAGAAUUUUUUUUGAUAAUCAAAUCUUUUAUUUACACUUUAUAAGAAGACUGAUUGCAAUUAAUCCAUUUAUUUUUGUGAGUUGUGUAAUUUACAGUAACUCAGUACAUUUUAUUUUUAUUUUGGGGCGUUUAAAUAGGUAAGCAAACUUGUCCACAAAAAUACAUUGUAAUCCGUCUGCAAAUACAAGUUAAAAUAAUAUUAGACCCUAUGCUAUUUCCUGCUCACCUUGUCUUUGCAUUUUACCGGGAAAUUGGAAAGUACAAUUUUCUAGAUCAAUGUAAAGCUCUGGUAAAAUUUAACAAUAAUACAGACUAUUGCGUAUGCAGUUUAUUAUUUGAUAAAAAAAAAAUUAUAGGACGUCGUUUUUGGAGCUAAUGUAAUGCGGAACCAAUUUUAAAGGCUACACCAACCCACCCGGAAGCAAAUAGUGACGCACAUGGAGAAGUAGCAGCAUGGCGUCGGGUCACUUGAGCAAAAUAAACAGUCUAAUAUCGACAUUUUCCAAAUGUAGUAGAUUUUGGCCCGCCCAAACUUUCUUGGGUCCAGUUCGAGAUGCGUCCAAUGUCCGUGGUCCUUCCAUUGAUGACUGCAGUGACGUGGAGAUCGGUUUGACUUCAGACGGGAAGACCGUUGUGUGCUACCAUCCAACCGUGGAUAUUCCUUAUGAGCUCACCCAGCCGAUCGAGAGGCCCGAUCCGCUCAGUAGCCCGCCCGAGACCCACGAGCAGGUGCUGAAGGCCCACCUCAGCAAGGAGGUGCUGAGGGACAAACCGGGUCCCACCAUAGAGGAGCUGAGCAAGAUGUUUUUCACCACCAAACACCGCUGGUAUCCAGUCGGACAGUACCACAUGAGACGCAUAAAAAAGAAUACUCCAAAGGACAGAUAGUUGUCUGUAUGUAUAUGUUAUGAACAUGUUUCUGUAAAAUAAACUUCUAGGUUUGUGCACA